CUAAAAACUUCAAAAAAGUCCAACAAUAAGAAACACAUACAUUAAAACAAAAUUAGGAGAAAAAGAAAGAAAAACAAAAGGCAUUCAUCGUAGUGUAUGAACUAGGCUGUAAGAUGAUCUAUUUCCUCUUGCACACAAAAUUUGAAACAAGGCAGCUAUAUGUACGUUACUUCUCAUCCGUCUUUAAACAAUUUACUGCAGUCAUGUCCUUCCAUAUUGAUCGAAAGCUGAUCUCUGAAUCUCUUGAUAAUCCAACCAGCAAAACUUGUAGCAGCUAUUAUUGCAACCCAGAGGUGUAUCAUUCUAUAGUUUGUCCGCUUCGAUGUUUUAAUACUUGCCCGCGUAUUUGUCUGCUUCCAGAAUUCGAACCCUCACCACCAUCAUCACCACCACCACCACCAAAUUUCACACCAAAAGUUACUCUUUCGCAUUCUCCAAAUAAACACACUGUUUCCAUCCUCUUUAUCCUUCUAAUUUCAGUCGUGGGCAUUGCUGUCUACAUAUUAUGUGCCUACGCCAUUCACAAAUUCCGCAACUCAAGAACUUCUUCACAACCGGAGCUACAAGUAGGAGGAGGAGGAGAAGAAGAGUUUAGUGAUAUUCAAACAGUGGGUCUUCAGCAAUCAGUAAUCAGUGCCAUCACAAUCCACAAGUAUAAAAAAGGUGAAGGGCUAAUUGAAGGAACAGAGUGCUCUGUUUGCUUGAGUGAGUUUCAAGAAGAUGAAACUCUUAGGAUUUUGCCAAACUGUAACCAUGCUUUUCACAUACCUUGCAUUGACACUUGGCUCGAAUCACACAUCAAUUGUCCCAUGUGCCGUGCCGACAUUGUCAUCACAAUUCCCACCACUGCAGCUUUCACUGAGUAAAAUGCGUGACCAUCUCAUCUAAGUGAUUAAAUUGUUGAGAAACAUAUUUUUAUUUACUUUUAUAACAUGAACAUGCCUCUUAGCUUAUAUUCAGACUUAAUUCUUUUCCAUGUUUUCUUUUAUAAUGGAUAGCUAUGAGAUUCGAACUCAGGGUCUUUGCCACUUUAUAACAUACUAAUGAAAUGUGUGACUAUUUUAUCUAAAAACUAAGUUAGUAGACAAAGUACACUUUAUUUUCUAUAUUGCAUAAUUUGGCACUGAGACUUGACCAGGAAAUUCGUGCAGAAAAUACCACGGAAUUAAGGAUUGACAUUCGAAAUAAAGACGAUUCAGGAGAUCUAAGUACUGUGGGCAUCAGUGUAAGUUCAAUGGAAGAUGUGGUGAAUGCUCCUGAAGUCUGAAGGAGAGUAAAAUAAAGUUCAUGAUGGAAGAUGUACUUAAACAGCGGAAGCAAAAAAUCCAUAAACUUUGCAUGUGAAAAUAGACGACAUACAUAUCAAAUUUUAUUCAAACAUAAAUCAAGGAAUACCUCUUGAAGUGUGUGAUAAUCUUAUGAACAUCUUUGAUCCGCAAUCUUCUGUUGUGUGAUCCCAGUAACAACAGGACUUAAGACUCGUGUGAGAAAGUCAGCUUCUCAGAUAACUGACAUUUGUUCAAGUGAAGCUUGUACACUCUGGAAUGAAAAAUAAUACAAUAUUUCAUUGAAAAUACGGUGAUUCUGGAACUAGGAAAAGCCAAGAGCUUUAAACUAUCAAUGCAUAUGAGUCGUUAAUUUCUUGGAACAAUGAAUGUCCAACUUGCCAUGAGCCAGCUUAGAUUGGGCAGAACAAGGAGGAAAAAUAAUGGCAGCUUUUGUAAAUCUGUCUUACUCAGCCGUCUGAUAUACAGAAUUCACAAAAGUCCAAUAAGAAGAACCACAGAAUUGAAGAUAAAAAAAA